AUGGAGAAGGCAGUGACGGCUCCUGUGGCCCCGCUGGAAGGAGGCGUAGUGGCUCCCGGAGUGGCAGAGGCCUCCGCAGCGGAUAAAUCGGAUGCCGGGUGGACCACCAAGACACCAGGACGCAAGGGCAGCGCUGGACAGAAGGCGCGAAACGAAGGUUUGAGUCCAAGAUUCCGAGUUGGCAACAAUGGAAAGAAUCCAAGCUCAAAAGACGCUAAACAGCACCAGAGGACUGCCAAGCCUAGUUUCCCACCCAAAGGAACGAGGCCUCAAGGUGAAAACGGCGAUGGCCGUGCCUCCUUCUACAAGCUACAAGAACUACUGCGAUCGGAAGCACCACCAGAGUACAUUUUCCAGAUGGUGGUUCGUAUUCAUGAUCUUGCGCAGCAACGUCGGCUUGAGGAAUUCGAAAGCCGUAUCAAUGCAAUCAAGGACGAGGAGGAAAGGGCGAAAUUACAGGCGAAUUGGACUGACAGUCUCCCUGCUAAGACGUUGGAGCGCUUUGGCCGUUUUGCAGACCAAUGGGACUACACCAUCCGCGAUGACAAGCUCCGCCUCGCUCGAACGGUGUACAGCUGGCUCAUCUAG